GGCUCACACAAAAGACAUAGAGUACAGGUAGAAGACGAUGUGGUGGCUAGAUGCUGUGUUUCUGGUCUACUUUGCGGUCCACAUUCCGACGACGGCCCUCAUUGACGCCCAGUGCCUGCCGGUGGUGGCCGAGCUGGUUCCCGGAUUUGCCAAGGAACUGCUAGCGUACCAUGUGGAGACCUUCCACGACCCGCUGGUUGCCGACCCGCCGCGGUGGUUUGUCUCGCUGGUGGUCUGCGAGGCGCUUCUUCAGCUGCCGUUCUUCUUUGUCGCCGUCUACGCCUUUGUUGCCAAGCGCAACUGGAUCCGCAUCCCGGCCAUCAUCUACGGAGCUCACGUGGCGACCACGCUCGUGCCCAUCCUGGCAGAGAUCGCCUACGCCGAGCCCAAGGCAGACUCGCCCGGCGGCGUGCUCACUCCCGAGCUUCGGGCCACACUAAUCGCCAUUUACAUUCCGUACCUGCUCGUUCCGAUCACACUCGUCGUCCGCAUGGCCUGUGCCGAGCACCCGUUCGGUGAGCCGGGCAAGGCCAAGAUGGCGUAACGACGCACUCGCG